AUGGGGAACACUGCAUCUGUGCAAACUGAGGCUUCAGAUUCAGCGCAGCAACCUGCCACGACAGCUCCUGCACCUGAGACGAAGCCGAAAAAGAAGAUCUGCUGCGUUUGCCCAGAUACAAAGAAGCUGAGAGACGACUGCAUCGUGCAGAAUGGUGAGGAUGCCUGCGGAAAGUUCAUCGAAGCCCACCUGCAAUGCCUGAGAGCCGAAGGGUUCAGCAUCUGGCGUGUUGCUCCAUCAUGGCAACUCCACACCUGUUUCUGCAGUAAUCUGAUUUUGAUCAUGAACAGCAUGAUGAAUAAGAACUUCUGGUAG